GGAUGUAAUGGUUUUAUAAUUGGAACAAGUGUGACAAGGACAGUUAAUGUCAGACAACUUGCUAAAUAGCCUUAAAUGAAUUGUAUUUAGAGAAUUAGACAGUGAAAGAACCACUUUGCAUUGAGUACUAAGAAGUAUUUUGGCAGGUGAUGAACCGGUUGUCUCUGGCUGAUUAAGGGCAGCAUCAUUUUGGCAGUUUAUUUCCGCUAAUGGCUCGUACUGUAGUUUCUUACUGAAAAAAACGGCUGGAAAAACAGUUGAUUUAAUGUGACAAGUUUGCAAAAAAAUGCCUCUUGUUCUCAGUUACAUAAUAGAGAGAGCAUAAACUGUAGCCCGCGCUCAGUCACAAGGCUUUUCUUUAGUCAACUUGACGUCACACACGUCAUGAUUUGUGUCAGCACGGCUUUGGCACACACUCCGUCUUUGUGUGUGUGUGGGUUUGUCACAGUUGAAACAGUCGUGUCAUGCUUUGUGCUUCUCAGGGAUUCAUCAGUGUAGAGGCUUAAUUUAGAAUUCUGCAUGUCAAACUUGAGACUGACGCCAAGUAACAUUUCCAGCGCCUGCCCGCCCUCGCAUGAAUGAUGCUAUUGUAGCGGAGGGUUGCAUAGGGAGAGCUGAUUGCCGGAUCACGUGCUGUGGAGACGAGAUAGAGGAGCCCAAUCUGAGCGGCACAGACCUGAAGGGUUCAGGGCUCGAGAUGGGAAGAAAGAAAGCUGUGGGAGGAAGAAGAGGGGAAGGACACGCCAGGCCGAGACCAUGACGAGACGAGUUAAAUGUAAAUAGGCAGCAGUCGGAGGAACCUGCAGGUGUAGAAGAGAAGAAGAGGAGACAGGAGGACAUUAACAAGGAAGGGCUUCAUGGACGAGUUUUUCUAAGGAGGCUGUAAAUAGGAAAAAGCACCAGGAUGCAUUUAGUGGUGAAAUCUUCACAUAAAGCCAUGCUGACCGUGCUGCCUCACUUUGUGGAGAAAGCUGCUCUGACUCGGACGGAGAUCUGUCGAAUCCUCAGUGAGAGCUUCUUCAUGGUCAAAGGAGCCGCCCUCUUCCUCCAGCAGGGCGGCAGCGCACAAGAACCGAAGACCCCGACCCACCACAAACAUGCAGGUGAUUUACCUCAACACCUGCAGGUCAUGUUUAAGGUCCUCCGGUCUGAAGAUCGCAUUAAGCUGGCUGUGCGGUUAGAGAGCGGAUGGUCAGAUCGAGUGCGCUACAUGGUUGUUAUCUACACCAACGGCCAUCAGGACACAGAGGAAAACAUUGUGCUGGGAAUGGACUUUACAGACAAGGACAGUAAAAGUUGCUCUAUUGGGAUGGUGCUGCCUCUGUGGAGCGACACCAACAUACAUCUAGACGGAGAUGGAGGCUUCAGUGUGAACACGGCAGGACGAUCACAUGUCUUCAAGCCUGUAUCUGUGCAGGCCAUGUGGUCUGCCCUGCAGGUCCUCCAUAAGGCAUGCGAGGUGUCGCGCCGGCUCAACUACUUCCCAGGAGGCAUUGCACUCACAUGGAUGGCCUUCUACGAGAGCUGCAUCACUUCAGAGCAGAGCUGCAUCAAUGAGUGGAACGCUAUGACUGAUCUGGAGAGCACCCGGUCGGAUUCUCCCACCAUGUUCGUCGACCGGCCGACUGAGCGAGAGAGGACGGAGUGUCUCAUUAAAGCCAAAUUACGCAACAUCAUGAUGUUCCAAGACCUGGAAAACAUCACCUCCAAGGAGAUCCGUAACGAGCUGGAGCAGCAUAUGAGCUGCAACCUGAAAGAAUACAAGGAGUUCAUAGACAACGAGAUGCUUCUGAUCCUCGGCCAGAUGGACAAGGCCACGCUUAUUUUUGAUCAUGUUUAUUUGGGAUCUGAGUGGAAUGCUUCUAACCUGGAAGAACUACGGGACUGUGGGGUGGGUUACAUUCUGAAUGUAACCAGAGAGAUUGACAACUUCUUCCCAGGGAUGUUCUCGUAUCACAACGUUCGAGUGUACGAUGAAGACGCCACCGACCUGCUGGCCCACUGGAACGACACCUACAACUUUAUUGUCAAAGCCAAGAAGAAUAAUUCCAAGUGCCUGGUGCACUGUAAGAUGGGGGUGAGCCGGUCUGCCUCUACAGUUAUUGCCUAUGCAAUGAAGGAGUACGGAUGGUCUCUGGAGAAAGCCUACACCUUUGUCAAGCAGAAACGGAGCAUAGCUCAGCCGAACGCCGGCUUCAUGAGACAACUGGCAGAAUAUGAGGGAAUCCUGGACGCCAGCAAACAGCGUCACAACAAGCUGUGGAGGCCUGAAACAGACGAGGAGGGAGGAGAUGAUUUACAAGCGUCUGGCCACUGUACUGGUGGAGAGGAGACACCGGUGCUCAGAGAGGAGGAGGCCUGGGGAGGCUGUGGGGCAUCUCCCUGCAGGGUUAUGGGUCUGGAGAUGGAACCCCUCGACUCUCUGAACUACAAUUAUUACUUUAGGCGUUUGUCGGACUCUGCACUCGACAGUGAGCCCUCCACCCCAGUGCGAGGUCCCCCUCUGCUAGGUAUGGAGAGAGUUUUCAUUGAGAUCGAAGACGUGGAAAGAGACGCCCUUUUGGAGGACGAAGGUUUCCCCAUGGCCCAUUUAGCCCUGCCUGGUGAGGGCACGGCAGCCCAGACUUGCGGGCGUCUUGAUCCGCUGGAGGACAUGAGACUGAGGCUUGAGUUCAGCACUUUGGAGGAAGAGGAUGAGGAAGAAGCCAAGAAAGAGGAAGCUGAGAUGGCAGCUUUGGCUCAAACCCCUGGAAAUUCGGAUGCGAAGGAGGCUGAGCGGAGCGAGGAGAGCCGGUUAGGCUUAGCCAAUCUUAACACCAACAACAGCAACCGCCUUGCAGCCAAGCGCAGCUGUCCAGCUGCUUUUGACGACAGUGCUAGCACAGGAAACCCUUUAAAAGUAAAGCCUUCCUACCAGUCCUGUAAAGACUGCAUGCGUCUGCCACAAGGACGGCGCUGCGACCGUCCAGCAGGAGGCCGAUCCCACCGCCUUAACCCCUCCCGUCACUGCACUGUCCCCUCCAUAUGCAUAGAUCCGCCCGGGACAAACUUUGCUUCCACCUCUCUUCUGCAGUCUUUGCCAACGCCUUCGGUCAUCCCACCUAACCUGGUCCAGCCCUGCGCUCACCUGUACCGUUGUGCCACCUGCACCCCGAGCGUCACGUCUGUCCCUCCUCUAAUCAACCAACAGAAACUGGCCUCACCCAUGAACUGUGAGGAAACGCCUGCUGACCGGAGCUCAGUGGAGACGGAGGACAUGGACGAACCACAGGGAGGCGACAUGGGAGAGCAGGUAUUAAGGGAGAGCGCUGAGGCUGAACCUGGUGAUUUAGCUGAGCUCCCACAGGAGGCUCUAGAUCUACAAAUGCCAGGACUGGGGAUAGAGUUUGGUCUGGAACUGAUGCGACAAAGGGCAGAGCAGCUUGAGAAGAUGCCCAGUCUGACCAUGGAAGGCCAGCUCCCAGUCAGGCCUCUGCCUUAAUAUAACAGCUGGAGCAUAGAUAAGAUAGAGGAAGUGGCCUACCACUGCCUCAAUCACGAUGAUGGCUGUGAGAUAUUAGAUAACCACUGCUGAUGGAAGCUCUGCGCUAACCUCUGCUGUAAUGUCUUGGCCUCCUGGCUCAGUUUUAACUGGCUGCAGCAGCUCUCUGAAGAGAUUAGGACCCACAGGAGGCCGGGUGUUUUCGCCAUGUGCUAAAGGCCUCGAUGCUUCUGUCCAUGUCGGAAUGGAAAACUUUCUCAUGUCCUUCAUCUGUCCCUCAGAUGUAAGUGAGGGCUCUUUGAACCUGCCUGCGCCACCACACAUGCAGGAUCGUCACCACAUCCCAGUGGAGAUGAGCAUUACGCUACCAUUUGACCUCCAACAGACAGGUUUGGCAAGACAGUGGUGGUUUGUAAGAUCUAGUCGUCGUUCCUUUCUGAUAUCUGACAGUGCCAUAGUCGGCAUAUUAAUGUUGAUGAAAAGAAAAAUACCCGAAGUUCCAUGCUUCUGUCAGUGUACUGUAUGUUUUCAAUCCAACUCAUCAACGGUAUUCCAGAAGGAGCUCAGUAAAUAUUUACUGUUCGAUCGCAUUGUUGCCCCUGAUAUCUGAAUCCUCACUUAACUUCACGUCCCUGCUGCAGCUGCUUUUGCAUCACGAGAGGGCAUUUCACAGGAAAGCAUAGGAAUUUUUUUUUUUUUUUAAAAAGGACGUGACUACAUGCGAGCCUUUUUAUGCCUCUUUGUAAAGCAUCGUACCUCGGACCACAAGCAUCUAGGACUGUUUUGGUCAAAGACUGUUUUGUUCUCUCUGCUCAGUGGCUGGUUUACCUCCUCCAAUAGAAGUAAAUGUAAUCAUGUACUUAAAGUGCUCAGUUUAGCCCACGCAUGACUCUGCAGUAUUACAAGACAUAUCCUCAACACAUGUUUAGACAGAAAAAAUAAUCAAAUUGUCUUUCACUUUUACUUUUUAAAAUUCACAUUCGUUAGUAACAAUGACAAUGAUCGUCUUCAGCCUGAAAGAAUGACAGAUUGGAAGAAACAAGACUCAGAUGUUAACUGGUCAGAUAAGUUCUGACGUAACCAAAGCCAUAUCAUGUUGCCAUAUCAUGCUUUUCCAACCCAGAGGCUCCCGUGAUAAGCAUGGCUCACACACACGUUUAAUUUUUCGGUCACUUACUGAAAACCUUAAACUACCUUCCCCCUCAAUCUACAAAUAUUUGCACACUUCAUAUAUAUUUUCAGCACUUGAGCACAACUCUAGUAUCCGUUACACAGUGCACAGACAUAUUUCAGAUCUAUAGCUACAGUACAGUAAUCUGAAUUCAUUUGAGCUCACUAAACCAGAAAUAGAGACCUCCAAAAUACCUUUUAAUAUCUACUAUAUUGCUUGCAGUGGAGUCCAUCCCUGUGUACAGUGUAGAUUAUUUGAUUUAGUAAUCAUCAGACAGUUAAGAGUCAUCAGUUUUGUUGAUAAUUUACUGUUUUUGUGAAAUAAAAGUCGCUGAUAUAUUGAAAAUACUCUUCACCUACAUUACCAGCACACAUAGGUUUUCACAUCCUACAAUCAGUCUACAGAUCCUCACUUCAUUUUGUACAUGUUCAUAUAGCCUGCUGCAUAUUUUUUUAACAGUUUCGUGAAAAUUGUGCCACCAAUCCAAAGUUGCUGUGCCGCUCGGUGUUACAGUUUUUUUUUUGUUGUUGUUUUUUUUCUGUUUGGCUCUUGAUGAUGUGUUCCUGUUGUUUUUGGCACGCUGGGUGUGCUGGAAUGGUACAGAACGAGGCCUGUUUGUGUGCAGGAAAAGCACAUGCAAGUUGUAUUACUGUGUUUGAAGAUCUUGAGCGCUUCAGGAGAAACGAAAACUGUGCAAAGAAUGAAUGCAAAUGAUUUAAUUAUCUUUAACUAAGGGUUUUUUUGUGUUUUUUUAUUUUUUAUAGAUUUAGUUCUUUAAUUAGAUCAGUAGAAACUCAGACAUCAAUGCACCCUCUGUUCCUUCUCCUACCUUAACUGAAUUCGAGGGAGCUGCAGGUUUGCUCCACUGAUUAGAUUUAUAUAUUUUGCUUUCCCCUUUAACUUGUUCUUUCCUUCACGUGGCCAUUUGACCAUUAUGUAAGGCAAGGCACUUAAAGAAAGCUGUUGACAACUGCUGAAAUCACACACUGUUGAAAUAGAACCAUUUUAAACUGAAAAAAUUUGAAAAUAAGAAAAGUUGCCAAGUUGCUUUGGGCUUGCUAAAGGCUUUUGAAGAAAGAUUCAAAAACUAGUUUGAUGUUCUGAGCAAUAUUAUUUGCAUUUUUGCCAAAAGUUAGAUGAAAAGAUUGAAAGCACUUCUAUGUAAGCAUGAAGCUAACCAUCAGCCAGUUAGCAUAGCUUAGCAUAAAAACUAGAAGGCAGCUAGCACUUCUUGUUUGCAGUGUUCAUGCUAAGCUAAGCUAACCUGCUACUGGCUGUAGUUUCGUAUUUACUGACAGACAGCUUGUAAGCUAACUCUAAGCAAAAAACAAGUAAGCAAACUCAAAAAAAAUGCCAAACUGUUCCAUCAAAAUAUUAACAGUAUGAUUCUAAUUUAUUACAGUCGUUCUCAGUAUGCUAACGCUCUUGACAGGUGGCUAAAUCCUUGCGUCUCUUGACCACAGUACGACAUUUGGUUGUUUGCUUUGUGUUUUUAACUUGUUUUUGUAUUUAAGUGCCUUAACCUCGGCCUUAGCUCUGUCAUGAAGCAUCACAGGCUUUGCAAAGUUUCUGUGAGUGUGUUGAUGGUCCGGCUUUUUGUACAUUAUUUACCCUCACUCCCAAUAAUAACCACGUAUAUGUCAGCAUAUUAUAUUAUGUAUGCAAACACACAUAAACUCAUCCACAGCAGCCUCCUCUCCCUCAAUACACACACUUUGAUGGACUUCCAUUUAUUAAUAGCCUAUAAUGAUAUUGUAUUUGUUUGAUAUUGUUGAGACUUGUGGUACAUUGUCUUGGUUCAAUAGCUGGCUGAAGAACCUUAAUUGCUGGAAUAAGAACUAUCAUUUACAUGAAAAUAUCACAUAGAAUGGAUUUAAGUCUUUGAAAUUUACCAGUCUGUAUAUAUUUUUUGUCUACAAUUUGCUAUUUGAGUACAUUAGCUUGCAGACGUGGUCAAUAUUAAGAAAAGUACUGAUGAUGAUGAUGCUACUGUGUAUUGAAAAGUACUCAUAAUUAAGUUCUUGUGUUUGUACCACAGCAAAAAAGAAAAGAAAGAAGAUCAUCUCUAAUUUAGGCAAACGUUUUUAGGCUCUAUUUAAAAUGGCUUAAUUUUUUAUUGCAUUAGUCACAGGCAGCAGACAUCAACACGACAAUCCUACUUUAGAGCCACAGUACAUUAAGACAUUGUCUCAUUUCUGAAGGGGGUCCAGGUAUUUAUUGAGUGUAUUUAUCGAGCACAAGUCUGCCCCAAAGCAUGUGAUCUUGAGAUGAGUGAAAAAAGUAGAAAAUGUACAACCUCCCUGGGAGUAAAGAUUUUUUUUUACAUUGUUUUUUUUGUUAACUUUUGUGUACUGUACUGUACAUUGCCAAUGUUCAUGUGUAUGCACUUUUUUCUUUUCUUUUUAAUUUUUUCUGUUUUUUACAUUUUGUUAAAAUUGUGUCCAGUCUAAUGUUUAUCAUGGAAAUAAACAAUUUUCUCUGCAUAA